AUGUUCGCGUCGUCUUCGCGGCGUCUCGCCUCCGCGCUCUCGCCGCGACGCGCCGCGACGACGCGGACGCCGCCGGGCGCGCGUCGAUUCCUCGCGCGCCUCCUCGCGUCGUCGUCGUCGUCGUCGUCGAGCGACGCGCGCGUCGACGUCGACGCGUUCCUCGAGGAGUUCACGAACCACGAGCGCGCGGGCGUCCCCAAGGGCGCCGCCGCCGCCGCGGACGCGGGCGCGGGCGCGGGCGACGCCGCGUUCGACCUCGGUCGCGUGCGAAGGCUCCUCGCGACGCUCGGGGACCCGCAGCGCGCGUGCCCCGUGAUCCACGUCGCGGGGACGAAAGGGAAGGGCUCCACGGUCGCCGCGAUCGCGGCCGUGCUUCGCGCGGCGGGGAUAAACACCGGGACGUACAAGAGCCCGCACGUGCACGCCUUCAGCGAGCGAAUCAAGGACGGAGGCGGCGGAGGCAGCAUCACGAUCGACGCCGCAACCGCGUCGGCGAUUCGCGCGGCGAGGGACGCCGAGCGCGGCGCGCUGACGCACUUCGAGGCGCUCACCGCGAUCGCGCUGAAGCACUUCGCGGACCGCGGCGCCGACUGCGCCGUCGUGGAGGUGGGCCUCGGCGGCGCGUCGGACGCGACGAACGUGUUCGCGUCGGACGAUCUCGCGGCGGCGGCGAUCGUCGCCGUCGGCGGCGACCACGUCGAAGCGCUCGGCGGGUCCGCGCGGAGCAUCGUGGACGCGAAGUGCGGGAUCGUCAAGGCGGGGCGGCCGGUCUUCAUC